UCGGAAGUUACAGUUGAGAUAAAGGCUGGAGCGGUCCCGCCCAGGCUCCCGCGCCGCGCGUCGCCAGUGCUGAGGCUCCAAACAGCCUCUCCUGGUGCACACUUGGGGGACGGAGAAGGGCCGUUUCCCUCUCAUUCUCUAGCUUUUCCUCGUUUGUCCGUGGCACGAGGGACGACCGAGGCCCCGAGCCCGAGCCCGGAGCCCCUGCAGAGACAGCCAGGAGGGUCUGGCGCCUCAGCAGCGCCUUGCUGUCCUCACGAUCGCGAAGCCGGUAGCCUUUGGCCUGUCCACAUGGCCUGAUCUCCUCCGGCCUUGGCCCUCGGCCCCCGGCCCGUGCCUCUGGAGACUAAAAUCGGGGCCACCGGGUAUCUCUCCGCGCGCAGCUGAAGGCUCCAGGCGCCCCUUCCUGCCUCAAGCAGGAGCUCAUCGACAAGUAGGGGAAUUUGAAGGCGCCGACGGGCGCAGGGUGGAGGGCACGACUUUCCCCUGCUCCUUGGACACUUGAGGGCAGGAGGCCAGGUGAUGGGGCAUUUUGGUCUCAUGCCCUCAACCAAAAAAACGACCCAUUUUCUCCCCACCCCCACCCUCACCCAGGCAGCAAUCUGCGGACACUGUUUUCCUUUCUUCCUCCUCCCUCUCUCUCGCUUUUUUAUUUUUAAAGAAAAUAGCCAUCCGGCAGAAGGAGCCCAGCUGCGGCGGUCUUUGACCGCCCAGCGUGCUCAGCAAGGCGCCGCUGGUCCUCGGAACCCCUUUCCAGGGAAGAUGUGGGCCACGGAGCACAUUCUGAAACUACCCAGAUGCCAGCAAGGGGCCUUCAGUGGGGCCUCCCAAUGCAAUAGCGGGCAUCUGGUGAAAGGGUCUUGCCUUCAUCCCAGACUCUCAGAACCCCAAACCCCAGGCACCUACUCUGCUGCCGUUUUCCCCUAAACUAGGCCGCUUCGCCCCGGCCCUGUUCCUCCUCUGGGGUCCCUGUCCUGCUUUGCCAUUUUCCGGGCCUGGGCUAAGGAUGAAGAGGAAGUCAGGAGGAGGAUUCCAAACUUCUAAAGGGCACAGAAGUGAAAGCUUCUCCGUGGAACCCUCGGCCCAGCCCUGCCAGCUCCGCCUGGACGCUAUGCAUGGGCCACAGCAGUCCAGGCAGGAAGCAGGCCGGGCUGAACUCAGGGGGAAACGCAUUGCAAUAAUUGUUUUUCACACAUCUUCCAACCCUCCCCCCACCAUUUCCUUCCCCAACUCGGAGACUUGCAAAGCCCACAUAAGGGAAAAGCGACUCAGUUUUUGAUCAUCUCAUCCAGAGUGAAAAUAAUAAUAAUAAUAAUGACAAGGAGAAGGACACCAGUAGUCUAACACCACUUCCAAGAAAGUGGGUAAAGGCUCAACUGGGUCCCUCCUCUAAAAGACUCAACUCUGCGGGUGAGCCUGGCCCAGGUUUCUUUUCUCGCCCGGCGUUUGCAGGGAGCCAGCAGGGAGGCAGCGGUCGCCGCCAUGGCAGUCUGCGGCCCGCGCUCCCGCCGAUCGCCGGGAGGUGGCGCGCUCUGCUCAGAGGCCGCCGCCAACCUUCUGCCGGUUUCUCCCCCUUCUCCUUUUUUCCCCCUCUCUCGGAGGCUCGCAUUGAAUCGGCCCUAACGAUUCUCGGAUCGUCAUUAUUUGUAACCAUAGAGCAUGAAUUACCUCUUGAGGUCAUCAGCGAGAAUUUACGACUGGUCAACAAAAGCACGUGAUUCUCUAACGCCCCCCCAUCCCCCUUCCAACCCCCCCCCCAUAUUUGGCCGCAUACAUAGCAAAACGAAGUACAGUGCAUCGCUAUAAUUCAUUAAUACAUCAUAAAUCGUGAAGCACAGGGUUAUAACGACCACGAUCCACAAAUCAAGCCCUCCAAAAUCACCCAAAUGAGCUCGUACUUUGUAAACUCCUUCUCGGGGCGUUAUCCAAAUGGCCCGGACUAUCAGUUGCUAAAUUAUGGCAGUGGCAGCUCUCUGAGCGGCUCCUACAGGGAUCCCGCUGCCAUGCACACCGGCUCUUACGGCUACAAUUACAAUGGGAUGGACCUCAGCGUCAACCGCUCCUCGGCCUCCUCCAGCCACUUUGGGGCGGUGGGCGAGAGCUCGCGCGCCUUCCCCGCGCCCGCCCAGGAGCCCCGCUUCAGGCAGGCGGCGUCGAGCUGCUCCCUGUCCUCGCCCGAGUCCCUGCCCUGCACCAACGGCGACAGCCACAGCGCCAAGCCCUCUGCUUCGUCCCCCUCCGACCAGGCGACCCCGGCCAGCUCCAGCGCCAAUUUCACCGAAAUAGACGAGGCCAGCGCAUCCUCGGAGCCUGAGGAAGCGGCGAGCCAGCUAAGCAGCCCGAGCCUAGCUCGGGCACAGCCAGAGCCCAUGGCCACCUCCACAGCCGCGCCCGAGGGGCAGACUCCGCAGAUAUUCCCCUGGAUGAGGAAGCUUCACAUCAGCCAUGAUAUGACCGGGCCGGACGGGAAAAGGGCCCGGACCGCGUACACCCGCUACCAGACCCUAGAGCUGGAGAAGGAGUUCCACUUUAACCGCUACCUGACGCGGCGGCGGCGCAUCGAGAUCGCCCACGCGCUCUGCCUGUCCGAGCGCCAGAUCAAGAUCUGGUUCCAGAACCGGCGCAUGAAGUGGAAGAAAGACAACAAACUGAAAAGUAUGAGCCUGGCUACAGCCGGCAGCGCCUUCCAGCCCUGAGCCCGCCGGGAGGAGCCCUGGGUGGCCCAAGAGCCCUUGCCGCCCCCAGCCCUGGCCCCUCCAAGCCUCCCUGCGCUGCCACUGCCCGCUGGGGACCGGUUCCCACGAGCCUGCCUCGCCCCGGCCUUGUGUUACGAUUUUUCGUUCGGUCUUAGGUCUUCCUGUGGCUCCCUCUCUCCUGGACUGGUUAAUCUUGUUAUUAUUGUUAAUAAUAAUAAUUAUUAUUAUUUUCCCUCCAUGCUCCCCACGCCCCUCCACUCACCCCAAAUCCGCCAGUAUUUCUGAAUGUUCGUGUCUGUGGUUGCACUCCUUCCCCAGGAAAGAAAGAAACUCGCAUGUUUAAUGUGAACUUUCCCCUCCCCAUCUGUGUUCUUCUAACUUAUUUAUAAAAGGAUGAUCGCUGUAUUUUGAGUUUCAGCUUGAAACUUCUCUAAGGGGCAGCAGUUGAGGUGGGGUAGUGCCGCGGCGCCCUGGCCCAGCUGAGCUGGCCUCCGCGAUGGAGUCCGUGACUGUCUCUUUCCACCCUCCUCCUCCUCCUCCCUCCCCACUCCCCAGGCCCAAGUCUCCCAGUGGCUUGGUCCUGGGGUGGGAAGGGGGCAGGGAGGGCUAAAGAGGGUGAUAUGGAGAAGAGGGAAGGUAAACCUUGAGAGUAAGGUUCCUGCCGCCUGGGUAGGCCCCACAAGGCCUGGCCUGGGAGUGUAGGGAAACAAAAAUAAUCCUCAGUGUAAAAUGUCUUGUGUAUUUCUCUGUGAGUCCAUGGGUCUGGAGUAGAGGGCCCAAACCUUGUAAAUAUGGGGAUAGUCUGGGUCAGACCCAUCCCCUCCCCACCCCCCACCCCCAGUUCGCUUCUAAGACCAUUUGUAGUGAGUGAGUGGAUGCUGUGCUACGUGUGAAAUCUGUCUUUGCCUUUGCCGGGCCUGUCUCAGUGAUUCGCUUUUGGUAUUUGUUUGUAGCUUUCCUUGAAGUCAAAUAAAUGUUUCCCCUACUCCA